AUGGAUGUUCAGCCGAAACCAACCGACGUUCAAACUCCCACUUCUCGUGCCCUCGGCAGCACAGACAUCGUCGAGCUCAUCAUGGACCAGCUGUUCUCCAUGGGUUCUCUGUCAUUCGCUCCCCUCCCUAGUGAUCGCGACGCCCUCGCCGCAAUAGCCCGCGUCUCAAAGGCGUUCAGUCCUCUCGCGCUGGCUCGCCUGUGGCACACCAUCGCAAACCUCAAGCCUCUGAUACUUCUCCUUUCACCCGCUCAACCGCGGUACUCUGGAUGGCCUUACUUAUACGAGGAGCCAUCAGACGCAGACUGGGCCCGCUUCGAUUCCUACUCCAAAUACGUCCGACGGGUUGAGGUCAUCCUGCGGCUGCUCCUAGAUGGCGUGGACUGGGACUUGUUUCUUCCACGCUACAGUCGCGACAAGCCUAUUUUCCCCCGCGUGGUUCGUAUCGACCACUUGGACAUCUCUCUCCCCGACCACAUCGUCUCGGCCUUGCUCCCAUCAACUCUACAGCAAGUGUGCAUCGCUCAUAAUGGGCCCGACUCUCCCAGAUCUCAUCCCUGUCUCAACGCGCUUCUCACUCUCACGGCAACCGCACUCGACGUUCAGAAGCUGACUAUAAUUUACAAGACCAUUGCGGGCGAAACUCUAGCCCCUCUCGAAACGCUGAAAUCGUUGACGGAGCUGAAAAUUGAGUGUGAACCCGAAGGCGAGAUUUUCAGCGUCGAGAUCUUGGCGACGCUCAGGAAUACGGCAAACAUCCGUCACCUCUCACUCAAAAGACUUCGAUUUCCUGCCCAAUUUGACUAUCGCAUAUUCGGAGAGCAGUUCCAGAACCUCGAACAUCUUAGCGUCACAGUCGACCUCGACGCCUGUUUUGGUCUCGUGACGUUCAUGCAAGUCGUAUCCCCCCCUCUUCUCUCUCUGCACAUAGAAAUUGCCAGCUUUAACACGCUCCUGACUCCACCCCAAGACUCCACCUCUAUCAAUGCACAAAUCGCCAGGUACAUGCCACGUAUCCUUGCGCAUGUCCCCACCACUCUCCAGAACAUAUCUAUGACGUUCGACUCGGACCACCGCAUGCGAAUCAGGAUUUUCAUGGUCCAUCCCUGCUUCGUCGAACCAACUCUACGUCUACGGCACCUCACGACCGUCGAGAUAAAUAAUCCCUGCCUACCCCCCACGUCAGCGCUCGACGACGCCUCCCUCGCCGCCAUGGCUGCCGCUUGGCCACACCUCCAAACCUUGGUCAUCUCAUCCAGCAACUCAGAAUCCGCGGCGGAGCGGUGGUCUCCCGCCGCCGCGACGCCCACCGUGGCCGCGCUGGCGGUCUUCGCCGCGCGCUCCCCCGCGCUGAGGACGCUCGUGCUCCGGACCCGCGUCGAGCUCACCGGCCUGCCGGCGACGAUGGCCGACGUGCCGCCCCCGUCGGGGCACCGACUACAGCGCCUCGUGGUCGGGCUGUGGGACGACAAGUACGACGAGGGCACGCGGUUCCGUCUGGGGUCGUACGUCGACGCGCUGUUCCCGAACCUCCGGGGCGUGCCGCCGCCCCUGAUAGCCCACCGAGUGUUGUCGCGCAGAGGGCUCCAAAAUUUGUCGUGUCCGUUCGGACCAGACGUCGCGGCCGUCAUUUUUGCGAUACAGCUGGGCAGAAGGCGCACGGCGAUGGGAUGCGCGGCGUCGCAAUGA